AAGAAGCUUCACGAGAACGUGACCUGCUUGGUGAUCUAGAUGAUUUUUUUGGUAACCAAGGGCCUGAUGAUACUAUUUCAAACGCAAGCACCAAAACACCAGAAUCUGAAAGGGCCCAAACACCACAAUCUGAAACACAGAGCACGAAAUCCAAAGAUCAUGCAGCAAUACUCGUUGAUGACAAGAGAAAGCAUCUUGAGCGACGACUAUCUGCCUCACAACGAGAUUCCCUUCUUCUAAAAGAAGCCAAAGAAGACCGCGAAGAACGUAAAGAAUUUCGUGAAAUGAUGAAAAAUGCCAACGAUUCCUUUGUGCAUGCUUUAGAUAAUAUGAGCCAGUCCAUGCUGUCUAUAAGCAAUGCUAUUGCUAGAUCUAUGGAAGCUUUUGGCAACUCAUCACGACUUGCACCUGUGCCUGUGGCAAUGCCUUAA